AUGGGUCAAGAAGGUAUCUGGAGGCCAACGGGUCUUAUAUUACAAGACACCUUGGUCACCCCCGCCAACAUCUCCUCGGGGGAAAGAAAAUUCGUUAUCGUUUUACCCGUCGACGAUUCGAGUCCUGAUCUCUGCAAGGUUGUCAGCAGCGCCGUGGCCUUGGGGUAUCCCGCGCCUGUAAUUGUCAAUUGGAAGAAGGAUUUCCACACCGAGGCCGACGGUAUUGGACCUUCGCAGCUCGGAAAAAUCACUGGUACACUGAAUUACCUACAAUGGGCGACAGGGGAUGAAGUUUCGGAGGAGGAGAAGCUGGGCGAGGAUGAUCUCGUGCUCAUGCUGGACGCACACGAUAUUUGGCUACAACUACCUCCGAGCGUCAUGAUGCACCGAUACUACAGCAGCAACGAGCGAGCGAACCGACGAAUUGCAGAGGAAUAUGGCUUCUUUGACAAGGAAUUGAUGCAGCAGACCAUCAUUGCCGCCGCGCAGAAAGGCUGCAUCGCCCCACGCGACAAGAUUUCGAACCUCUACUGCAACGACGUCCCCGACAGCACCCUCCCCGAGAACGUGUUCGGCUUCUUCACCGACUAUACUGUAUCACGAUACAAAUACAUGCGCCCCAAAUAUGUCAACAGCGGCAGUUUCAUGGGUCCCGCAGGCGACAUGCGACGAUACUUCCAACGUGUCAAAGAUCGCAUGGACCAAGAUCUCCUUGAGGUCAGGUCUGCCGAGGACCUCGCUGGCGACCAGGGUAUUUUUGCCGAGAUUUUUGGCGAGCAGGAACUUUGGCGCCGACAGAUCAAGCAGGACGACUUUGCUGGCGACAACCCCGGGAAAGAGGCUGCGCUUUCUGCUCGAACCGAAUUUGAGUAUCACGUCGGCUUGGAUUACACACAAGAACUAUUCUAUCCGACUUGCUACUCUGACUACGGCGGUGCUUUCGUGUCACUUGACGACCCCUCUACGAUUGCCAAGGAGUCGAGCCAAGCUGGCGUUUCGCCCCCUCGCGUGGGUGGUGUGCCAAGCGACAUUUCCAAGGCCGAGGCUCCAUUUUCUCAAUUGGAUGAUCAUGAUGGUAGUUGGGGUGACGUUUCGCUGUAUGUGGACUUUUGGACGACCUCUGUUCCCGUCGCGAUACACCAUAACGCCUGGAGAGAUGGAUUAAAGGCCCGCCGAUCGACAUGGUGGGAUAAGACGUGGUACUUUCCCCAACUGCGCAACCUAGUCGAGGCGCACAUGACAGCAAACACAACAACACCAUUAGCGAGCAUUGCCGCCGAAGAUGGUAACCUGGAGGUUUGGUCAUACGGCGCAAAGACCAAAGGUAGCGCGUCGCUACUGUUUGGGAAAAACAAGGACACAAAGGCUUGGGAGUUGAGGUCGACAGAUUGGGAUACAAUCUGUAAAGCCAGUAAUGAAGCGGAGACGGAGUCGCGCUGGUAUGAUGAGGUAUUCAGGGAUGGAAAGGGAUUACUAUAG